AUGGGUUUGCUUCAAUUUUUGCUUUUCAAGAUUCAUGUGGUGGUGUUUGGUUUGGGUGGUUCAUUUUUCUUCCAUUGGAGUGAAUUGAUGGGCGACUUCUUGAGUGGUCUUGCAUCUUCAGUUACAAGAGAUUUGGUGUGCGGAGCAGUAAAAGAAUUACGCUAUCCUUGUUGCUUCAACAAUCUGGUUGAAGAGCUUCAAAAUGAAAAUGAUAGAGUUGUUGAAACAAGAAAUAGUGUUCAAGACCGCAUUGAUCGAGCCAAGAAACAAACCAAAAAAACUGCUGGAUUAGUUGAAAAUUGGUUGAAGCAAGCUAACGAUGACAUUGACAAUGUUGAGGAGUUACUCAAAAAGGCUAAGACAAACAAGAGCUUUUGUUUUGGGCGUUGUCCAAAUUGGAUUUGGCGAUAUCAGUUGGGCAGACAGUUAUCAGAGAGAAAAAGAAUGAUUAAAAUCUACAAUAAAGAAGGUAGUCACUACGCAGAAAUUGAAAGACUUACUAAACUUCCUGGCUUAGGAUAUUUUAGUUCGGAAAGAUGUUUGAAGUUUGACAGUAGAAAAUAUGCUUAUGAUCAACUUGUGAAUGCACUAAAAAAUGACAAGGUUAACAUGAUUGGAUUGUAUGGUAUGGGAGGAUGUGGAAAAACCACAUUAGCUAUUGAUAUCGGAAAAAGAGCAAAGGAAGAGAAUGUUUUUGAAGAAGUGAUUUUUGUUGUUGUGUCUAGUACAGUUGAAAUUCAAAAGAUCCAAGAAGAUAUUGCAUUCUGGCUAGAGUGUGCGUUGGAAGGAAAAACAGAAAUGCAAAGAGCACAACGCUUGCACAAAAGAUUAAUUCAAGAAGAAAAUAUUCUUCUGAUCUUGGAUAAUGUGUGGGAGCCGCUUGAUUUUGUGGCCAUAGGGGUUCCCUCUUGGAAAAAUCACAAGGGAUGCAAGGUUCUCGUCACAACGCGAUUGGAGAAUGUUUGUACUAGGAUGGACUGCCAAAGAAUGAUUUCACUACCACUUUUAACUGAUGAGGAAGCAUGGGGUCUUUUCCAAAUUCAAGCACAAAUAUCUGAAGCCACCUCUGAUAACUUGAAGCAUUUGGCUAGACGAAUCUCCGACAAGUGUGAAGGAUUACCUGUUUUAAUUACAGCUGUGGCUAGCACUUUGAAAGGCAAGGCUGAAGUGGAAUGGAAGGUUGCAUUGGGUAGAUUGGAAAACUCAAAACCAUUGAAUAUUGAAAAAGGUUUGCAAAAUCCUUACAAGUGUCUGCAGCUAAGUUAUGAUAAUUUGGACAUGAAAGAAGCCAAGUCACUUUUUUUGCUGUGUUGCGUGUUCCCUGAAGAAUAUGAAAUUCCAAUGGAAGAUUUGACCAGACUUGCAGUAGGGCUAGGCCUGGUUGGAGAAAUUCACUCGCAUGAAGGGGCAAGGAACGAAGUGUGUGCGGCUAAAACUAAGCUCGUAAGCUCUUCUUUGCUGUUGGAUGCCGGUGAAGGAAAAUGUGUCAAAAUGCAUGACUUAAUUCACAAAGUAGCUCUAUUAAUUGCUGAAGAGGAAGGUAAGGGGAUCAAAUGUGCAUUGGAAAAGGAUGUGACUGUGGAAUACUCUUUAUUACUAAGAUAUCUAUGGUGUGAGAAAUUUCCAUAUCAAUUGGAUUGUUCCAAUCUUGAGUUUUUAUGCAUAAACACUUACUCAGAAGUCUCAGAUGAAAUUUUCAAGGAAAUGAAAAGGCUUAGAGUUUUGUUUCUUGUCAAUAAAGGCAUUGAGAGGAGGCCACUAUUAAUAAAUUCAUUCCAAUUCCAAUCAUUGAAAAAUCUUUGCUGUCUACUUCUUGAGAAUUGGGAAUUAGGCGACAUCUCAUUUUUGGGAGAUCCAAAGAAACUCGAAAGUCUGACAUUGCGAAAAUGUUCAUUCCUUGAACUACCUAACGUUCUGAUUACACAACUGUCAAGCUUGAGAUUGUUAGAUUUGUCAGAGUGCGACAUGGAAAGGAAUCCUUUUGAAGUGAUUGGAGGACAUCUGCAGCUGGAAGAGCUGUACAUCGAUGACUGUAGAUCAGAAUGGGACUCGUUCAAUGAAAGCACUUAUGAACUCUUUAGCAUGUUUAGUGUCCCAAGGGCAUUGCAAAGAUAUCGUAUACAUCUAGGAACCAUGUUUGUAGGAUAUGAAGAAAGGCUUCUCAAUUGUCGCAGAACUUUAUUUCUUAGUUGCUUUGAUACAAAAAAUGCAGCAGUUAAGGAAUUGGCUAAGAAAACUGAGGCUCUACUAAUAGCAAACAUUCAAGGAGGAGGUGCUAAAACCAUUAUCCCUGACAUAUUUGAAAUAGAUGUUGGAGGAAUGAAUGAACUAAUUGAGCUUAUGAUAUGCACUUCUAAGGACAUAGAGCAUUUGGUAGACAUUGGCAAUCAUUUGAGUCGGGUUGGAACUCUUUUUUCGGCGUUGCGUAAGCUAAGAAUUAAGUGCAUGGAACAUUUAAGAUCUUUAUACCAUGGUCAUCCUCCCAGUGGCCUUUUUGAAAAGUUAGAGGAGCUAUAUAUAGAAGAAUGUCCACAACUGCAUGGCACCUUAUUUGUCUGGAAGCUGAACUUGUGCAGUCUUAAGGUCUUGGAAUUGUAUGAAUGUACAAAGCUAACAUCUCUCGUCACACAUGCAGUUGCUCAGAGUCUUGUACAGUUGGAAAGAUUAGAAAUAUUCUAUUGUCAUGCGUUGAAGCAUAUACUAGCAGAUGAUAACAAAGAGGAGAUAAGCAAAAAUGAUGACAGGUUGGUUUUCUCAAAAUUAAAACAACUAAUUGUUAGAAGAUGCAAGGAGCUAGAAUACAUAAUCCCAGUAACUUGUGCUCAUGGCCUCCUACAAUUAGAGUGUCUUGAAAUAAAAUUUACUCCUAAGUUGAUGUAUGUAUUUGGUCAAUCCAAUUCCAAACAUGACAAUCAAAGUCACAAGGAAAUGAAGAUCAACCUUCCUGCUUUGGAAAAGCUUACUCUAUCUAACAUGCCAAAUUUGAUCAGCAUGUGCCCAAAUAAUUUCCAUCUAGCAUUGCCAUCUCUUCGUCAGUUUACUUUGCAGAGUUGUCCAGAGGUUGCCAUCAUGUCUAUCAAUGCUUACAUGGUUGAUGUGAAGGGAAAACAAUGUGAUCACAACAUCACUGAGAUAAAAAAGGAGUGGAGUCUAAAAGAAGUUCGGGCAGUCGAGAAGCAUGAGUUAGUAGGCAGAUUUCUUUUGGCAGGACCAUCCAUUUACGAAGAGCAAGAUCCAUUGAGAAUAUGUUUACAAAAGCUAAGUUAUACUUGUAGUGGUCUUAUACAAUCCAUGAACCUCCAAAAUCUUGAAGAAAUAGAGGUAAGUGGAAACCAAGUACAACUUCAGCUGCAAGGUGAGAAGUAUCUAAAUUUUUUGAAUCUUCAUUUGGAAUCCAAUCGGUUGGAAGGUUUAACUUCUAUCCCAUCAGCAUCCCUUGUGAAUUACAACUCAGGGUCAUUCAACCUGUGCAUUCUUAAAAGGAUUAUACUAAGAUCUUGUUCGAUGUUAAGAACAUUGUUUUCGCCAUCCACUGCUACACACUUGAUUUCAUUGGAAGAAUUGACGAUAGAGGAAUGCCAUGAGUUGAGAUAUUUAGUAACUUAUGGUGAAGCGCAUGAACAUAAAGAGGAAAUAAUCUGCGAAGAUCAUGUUUCACAGAGUUAUGUUGCAACGUUCCCAAAAUUGGAAAGUAUUACUGUUGUUAAUUGCAACUUGUUGGAAUACUUAUUCCAUGUAUCAUAUGCUCAAGGCUUAGUGAAGCUUAAGGAUAUUGAAAUACGGCAGACACAUGGUUUGAUGUAUGUAUUUGGUCACAGCAUUCAUGACAUUGCUGAUGUUCAUUCUUCUCAUCAAUACCAAAACAAGAUCCAAAUUGAGCUUCCUGUUUUGGAAAAAGUUGAACUCUUCAGUAUGCCAAAUAUGAUCAACAUUUUCCCGGAAAGUUACUAUAUGAAAUGCUCAUCUUUGCAAAGGAUUGUCAUGGAAGAUGUUGGACUGUCCACUUUGUCUGUUAAUAAUCUGAUGGUUCAUCCAACAUCUUCUUAUUUGGGCCAUACUUCUAUAUUGGAUAUAGUGGAAGCGGGCACGACAAACGUGCAAGUGUUGGGAUCUGUUGCUAUUUGGAACAGCUCCAAAAUAAAAGGCAUUUUUCAUCAGGAUGAGCAUCCUAUGAACAGACGGCAAGCAACUUCAUGGUUAAUAGACCUGAACUUGGUAAAUUUACCAGAGCUGACCUAUAUAUGGAAGGGUGCCAAACAUUUUGUGACUCUCCAAAAUCUUAAAUUUCUAUACAUUUGGGGUUGUCAAAAACUGAAAGCCAUCUUCUCGUCCGCUGUCUCUAGAAGCUUACCUCAACUGAAGAUCCUAGUAAUACUGCAGUGUGAGGGAUUGGAGGAAAUCAUUGAAGACAGUGAAGAGCUUGAAAAUACAUCAAACACUGCAACAGCUCCAAAAGUAUGCUUCUCUAAACUAAAGUUGCUUCUUGUCACACAGUGCAAUAACUUAAAGCGUCUGUUCAAUCUCUCGGCAUCACACGAGUUUCCAGAACUGGAGUAUUUGAUCAUAAAUCAAGAUCGUAAUUUGGAGGAAGUAUUUGAAUGUGAACAAGGUAUGAGAGAAAGGAAUGUAGAGGUUUUUCUUCCAGAGCUUAAACAUGUAAUAUUGAUGCAACUUCCCAACCUGAAUAACAUCUCUCAAAGGAUUGAGAUUAAGACUCUGACAAAUCUUUUUGUGCACAACUGUCCAAAACUCUCAUUAACUUCAACUACUACCAUUGAGGACAUGUUGCAGAGUUAUAAUCAUGAUAGGGAAAUUGAUUUCUUUGUCCGUUGUGACUUACUCUACAUACGCGAUAUUAUAAACAAAGAGAGUGCUGAAAAAGAUCAAACAGAAUCUGGAAGUGAGUUACCUUCUUUUCAAGCCAAUGCUUCUAGUCAAAUUGUACUGCAUAAUUUAACUGGGUCACAAGAUGAUUAUGAAUACAACAAAAAAAAGUUGGUGGUGGAUCAACAAUCAACCAAUGAACCAAGUUUUCAGGAUCAACGGCAAGAGCUUGGAGAAACAAUAGUAACAGCUGAAGUUGCACAAAUAUCUAUUAUACCAAUUAGCGACAGUGUUGAGGACAUGGCAAAGGAAAGUGUUCAAGAGGGAUCUACAUUAGAGGAAACUACAAAAUCAACUUUAUCAGUUCCUACAGAAGUUAAUGGCUUUGGUGGUCUGAUUUUAACUCACUCCAAGCCUAAUGGCAGGGACAUGUUUGCACAACAUUCCCAUGUUAAUGAAAGUAUUCAAGAAGGGUCAAACUCAAUGGAUAAAGAAAGUGGAACAAGUGUUGUUUCUAUUGACAACAUUGAGAUUCCUCCAGAGUUGAGGGCAUAUAAGGACUUUGAUGAUAUGGAUGAUGCACAAGUUGCUCUGGUUGUAGAGGCAAUAGCAAUCUAUCCCCAUCUUAGGAAAGUUUAUGACAAGUUUAGCAAGCGUUUUCAAGGUUGGAUGUUGAAAACUUUGGCGGAUAUGUUGUUGUUCCUUCGGAAUGAAAGCUCUGUUAGUAUUACUCCUCAGCAAGAAAAGGACUUUCAUCGACUAUGUGAUGAAGCUGUUCAACUUGGAUUUGACAAGUCAUGGGUUGAUGGAAUGCGUCAACGUGUUAUAGUCAGGGUUCCUGAGGUGGAACGUGCACUGGCACGACUCGAGGAGCUUCUUAAGAGACAUAACCAGUUAACUCAGGAACUUGAUGAGAUAAAGAGUGAAGUUAACAAUCUUAAUGACUUUGUUGCUGCCCAGAAGAAAUGUUUUGAUUUUUUGUGAUUUGGAAGUUCUACUCCCUCUAGCCUAUGGUUGUGUAGAUUUUCAUCUAAAUAUUAUAAAAAAUAAGAAAAGACCAACACAACAUAGGUUAGUUAGAAUAUAAUAUGAAGAUAUAGGAAGGAAAAUGCUUAAUUGUGCGACAGGCAUUUUCACGAAACGUGUGCAAACUGCAUGGCAGCUGGUAGAUCAAAUCCUUCAUGCAUAAUAAUUCCUUUUUUAUACUUCAUAGUUUUCUUGGUCA